AUGGUGAAGCUAGCUGCACGUAAGGCCAGGCCAGGCGUGCCUGUUGGCAUUGGGCCAGGAUUAGGUUCGAUGACCCCUGCCAGCAGCAGCACAACUGUGAGUCUCCAAAAAGCCAACCCUCUGCGCACAGCGAUAUUUCAUCUCAGAGUCCACCGAGUUAUGACUGGAGAGCUCGCCAGACAACAGAACUGCUCUCGGUGUUUGCGAGAGGUUGGUGUGGGAUACAAAACCAUCCCGUCCUCAGCGCUUUGUUAUCGCCACCACCACUCCAUCCAAAUGAUCCUUCCAUUAUUACUCCUGCUUGCAUCGCUUCUCCAACACUAUGGCACGAAGGCUGAAUCAAGUCAUGUCAGCAAGUUUCACCUUCCAAGUGUGAAGGAGCAGAACGGAGUGCAAGAUUCCCAUCAGGAGAAGAUCAUAACAGUGUCUGGAGAGGGAAUGAUCCAGAGUCCAAACUUCCCCAACGCUUAUCCCAGAAACACUGAGUCGGUCUGGAGACUCGUGGCAAACAAUAACAUGAGGAUCCAGCUCACCUUUGAUGAGAGGUUUGGUUUGGAGGACCCUGAAGACGGCAUAUGCAAGUACGACUUUGUGGCGAUAGAAGACCCAACUGAGAAGACCAUCCUGGGCCGCUGGUGUGGCUCACAGUCCGUACCAGCCAGUCACACUACCAAAGGCAGCCAGAUCCGCAUCCGCUUCAUCUCCGAUGAGUACUUCCCCUCCGAGCCUGGAUUCUGUAUCCACUACUCCCUCCUGUCUGAGAGUGAAUCAGAACCAGAGGUCCUUGCAGUUCUCCCUCCAUCCCAGCAGGGUAUUGAGGAGUUGUCAGAGGCGGUGGCAGGGCUUGGCACCAUGGAGGAGGUCAUGAAGUAUCUGGAGCCGGAGCGAUGGCAGGUGGAUAUGGAGGAGUUGUACAAACCUGCAUGGCAUGUGCUGGGGAAGUCCUUCGUCCUUAAUAAGAAAGCAAGAGGAGGAGCUGAUCUCAAUCUGCUGAGGGAGGAAGUUCGACUGUACAGCUGCACUCCACGUAACUUCUCUGCGCCCCUGCGUGAAGAGCUGAAGAGGACAGAUGCCAUUUUCUGGCCGAGCUGCCUCCUGGUGAAGCGCUGUGGUGGGAACUGUGCCUGCUGCUCUCACCGCUGCUACGACUGCCAGUGUGUCCCCACCAGGGUCACAAAGAAAUACCAUGAGGUUCUGUUGCUGAAACAUCGAAGCGGCAGCAGAGGCCUGCAGAAGUCAUUGACUGAUGUGCCCUUGGAGCACCAUGAGGAGUGUGCCUGUGUGUGUAAAGAUGACUCAGACUGACCUCAGACAUGUGUUAUAACUGCCACUGGAACAACACAGGAUGUUAGAAAUGAACCUCUAUGUCUUAUUCAUCUCCAGCAGGAGCUAACACAAUUCUCCCUUCAUCCUGUUGUCCUUUUGCUAAUUGGAUUAAGCAGAACUGGAAUCUAAUAAAUCUCCUGAAUGGAUUUGACUGCAGUGGAAUACCAAUUGUGCUCUCUGGGUGCAUUUAAAAGAGACAAAAGUAGCUGAAGCAGCUCUGGACUGUUACCUAUGAACUUUGAAGGCUAUAUUCUCCAGCUGCUCAGAGAUAAGAAUACUAUAAGGCAGUUUUGCCUCUUUGUCUUCUUCUUGAGGUCUUUUUUAAAGUUCAUCUGGCGUAGGCUGAUACUGUCAUGGAAAAUGGGAGCUUCUUUGUUCAAGUACUUUUUUAUGUGUAUAAAUGAGCUGGAUCCAGCUGCCUUACUCCCCCAGCUCCUCUAUUAUUACCAUCAAGGCACAGAAAGGUGUUUAUUCAGUAAGCAGAUUUCCUCCACUGUUGUUGCAGAUUUAAUCUGAAUCAGUCUUAGCCUCACCUUUCUUAUAAAACUGUACCAUGUGUAAAUAUGUCAUUUACAUUUCUCUGCUUUAUAUCAUGCCUUUUCUACCAAAGAUUUUCAAGUAUAAGGUAAAAGUUGCACACAAAAUCAUUCAAGCCGACUCAGCAACAUGAAAUCUUUUUUAUCAAGAACGCCUAGCGUCAAGCACUUCUUUCUUUGUUUGGGAUUGUUCAUAUUAAAUAUUUAUUUGCUAACUGAAAGGGAAAUUUAGUUUAAAAAAGUCUCCAUUGCUUCAUGUGUCACUGUACAGUAGUAUUAGCCUUCAGUUUUAUUGUAAGUCAUUUUUACAUUGUCAUGGAUGAUGGAUUUGUUUUUCAUUUUCUGUAUGCCAAAGUUAUUUAUCUUUACUUUUUACAGUAAUUGUUUGUGUAUUUCUUUUUUUUCUGAACAACAAA